AUGUCAACUUGGGGAUCAUACUUCUCCGGCUAUGUCAAAAAGAAUCCUGGUGGCACUCCCGCAGAUAAAGAGAAUGAUCCGACAAUUACACCUAUCGCACCACUAAACAUUAAUACUAAUGUCAAAACCAUUCAGCCCUUGGUCCUCGAUGAAGAUGGCCUCACACCCAACUCGAGCGAAGAUGUAAAGAAACGUUUCGAUGAGAAGCUGGGGAGUGUAGGGAAUUUAGGAAUGGGUACAGCAUCAGUGAAGAGAAUGCCGACAUUGAAAUCGAAUGGUAGGGGUGCAAGGAUGGCAAAAAUGUUUGGAUAUGGAACGGCGGCGAAGGAAGAGAAGGUCGAUGAGAAAGUUGUGGAAGAUAAGGGCGAGGUGGAAACUCCUUUGGUAGAAGUAAAGGAAAUACAGAUUCAACUACCAGCUGAAAUGAGCAAGAUCGAGAAAUUAUUGGCGGAGAGGAAAGCUGUUGCAAUUGAGUCGAGGAGUUCUUCGCCGGUCAAUAUUCAACCACCUCAACCAUCUCAACCUGUACAGUCUAAUCAGCAAGAGGAUCAACUACAAGCUACUUCGGCAGCUCAAUCUUUACAGUCCAUUCAACCUCUGGAGGAACUGCAAGUUACCCCGCCAGCUCAAUAUUUUCAACCUGAGAAGGAACUGCAGGUUACCCCACCCGUUCAACCAGCUCAAACUUUACAGUCUAAUCUACCUGAGGAGAAACUGCAGACUACCCCACCAGCUCAACUACCUCAACGCGUGCAGUCUAGUCAACCCGAGAAGGAAAUGCAGGUUACCUCACCCGUUCAACCACCUCAAUCUGUACAAUCCAAUCUACCUGAGGAGAAACUGCAGGUUACCUCGCCAGCUCAACCACCUCAACGCGUACAGUCUAUUCAGCCCGAUGAAGAACUUCAGCUUAUCCCACCCGUUCAACCACCUCAACCUGUACAAUCCAAUCAGCCCGAUGAGGAACUUCAGGUUAUCCCACCGACGCAACCACCCCAGUCAAUAGAAUCUGUGCAGCCUGUACGAUCAGUAGAGCCACCAGAGCCCUCAAAACCUAUCCCAUCAAACAGCACAGAUUAUAUUCAGCAACCAUUACAGGAGAAACCUAAGCCGACCAGCUCUGACACAACAACUUCAACGCGCCUAUCAUUCAAUGGGGUAAAAUCAUCGAUAAAACGAGCUUCUACUCGCAGUAAAAACAAAGCAUCUAUCUCUGCAUUGGAUGAUCUUUUGGCUUGUUUCGGCGAAGAGUUUGCUUCCGUUGCAGUCACUUCAAAACCACUCGAGAACGAGAAGGCGAUAGAGAAGCCGGCGUCUGAAAAACCAAGAAGACAACGGAAACCAAAAGCUUCAAUCUCAGCGCUAGAUGAUAUCAUGGCUGGCUUAUAUUCUAUGGAACCUGCGACCGAAACUGUACGAAGAUCAGCAGAGGUCCGGAAAGGUGAUGUUAGAAAUUCUAGGAUGCCGACAACAACUAAAGUAAUUGAGGUGACUCCAAAAGUUAUUCCUCCCAUUCCUGAAGUUUCAAAACCAGUCACCGAAAAUUUGAAGGUGUCAUCACAGACUCCGGAUCCAUUGAAGAGAAAGUCAAGAGCAGUAUCAAGGUUUCCAAUUGUAAUAUCUAAUGUUUCCAAAGAAACUCUGAAUGUUCCGGCACCAAAAGCAACCACAAAAUUGAUUCCUCUUAUCCUGAAAGACCGGCUUAGUCCGCUUCCUCCAAACAACCAGCCGAUUACAACAAUUCCCCGUUCACCAACAAUAAAUGGCCAACUGAGUCCCAUUCCACCACAAUUUCGCCUUCGCCCUAAACGUUCCUUUCAAGACAUGGUAAAACUUGCCACAUCACCUCGCUUUGCACAAGUUGCCGAACAAGCGGUUGAAGCUGAAGCCGAACGAAAGUUACUAAUAUAUGAAAGGCAAGCUGAACAAAUACUACUCGAGAAAGAAGAGAUGGAAGAGAAAAGAAUGAGUAUGGAGGAGAGUUUCAGGAAGGUGCUAGAAGAGGACGAGAGGAUUGCUAGAGAGGCGGAAGAAAUGAAAGCUUUUUUCGAAGAACAAGAGAGGAUACGGAUGGAAACAGAGGCUGAGGAGGAGAGAUUGAAGAAGGAGAGAGAUGAAAUCGAGAGACAAGCAAGAAUCAAGAGGGAAAAAAGAAAGGCAGAAGAGCGGGAGGCACAAGAAGAGGCUGAGAGAUUGACCGCACAAAUCAAAGCAUUCGAGAGAGAACAGGAGAAGGCGGCUCAAGAGGCAGCUAGGAAAUUGAAAGAGGAGGAAAGACUUGCGAAAAUCGAAAAACAGGCGGCAGCUAGGAGGUACGAAGAAGAAGAGAAAAUUGCAGCGAUUGAGAGGCAGGCCGAAAGGGAAAGGAUGGAGAAAGAGGAGCGCUUAGCUGCCGAGGAGGCAACGAGAAGAUAUGAAGAAGACGAAAGAUUGGCAGAAAUUGAAAGGAUAGCAGAAGAGGAGAGGCUCGAAGAAGAAGAAAUGUUAGCAUAUGAAGAACAACUGCGUGAGGACGAAUUGGAAGAGGAACAACGAAAAGAAGAGGAGAGAAUCUACGCCGAAGAAGCUAGACAACGAGACGAAAGAAGAGACAGAGAAGCGAGGGAAAGGACCGAAAGGAUGGAAGCCGAAAUGCGCGAAGAAGAAAGGUCAAGGGCAGAAAGAGAUGAACAAGAACUUUUACAAAUGGAUGAAGAAGAAGAGGAAAGAAGAGCCUACGAAGAACGUAUUGAAAGACAACGUCAAAGAGAUGAGAGAGAAAUGGAAAUGAUAAGAAGGCGAGAAGCACAGGAGCAAACUAUCGAGCAACAAAGAUUUGAUGCUCAGCAAGAGAUGGAAAGGAUGGAUAUGAUAGAGCGCGAAGAACGCGAAGCUAUGAGAAUGCAACAAGAGCGUCAAGAGGCCGAAAUGGACAGAGAAAGAGAAGAAGAUAUCAGAUUACAGCGCCAACAACAGGCGGAGGAAUUUUUGGAAGAAUCAGACGAUGAUGAUGAUGAUGAAAGGCCCCUGACGAAAGAAGAAGAGAUGGCUAAAGCGGAAGAAAAGAUUCGAAUGGCAUUUGCGGGAAUGGCAGCGGAGAAAUCAGGAAUACCCGCUCCGAUAAAUCCCAGACCAAUGUCACCCAAAGCGCAAUCUAUUCAGAAUCAGAAUCAACCGGUUAGACAAUUGGGGCCAAGACCUUCGAUUAAGGGUGGUUUGCCGGGAGGACCAAGAGGUGGUGGAUUACCUGGUGGUCCGAGGACUGGGAUGGGUUUACCGGGUGGUCCGAGAGGUGGUGGUGGGUUGCCUGCUGGUCCGAGAAUUAGGAGGGUUUAG